UCUGUUGACCUUGCUCUGCGGGUUUCGACAUCUUCUAGAUUGGUCGUGAUAUUUCCAGCUCUGACGUUUGGAAGCAACACCUUCAAAGUUCCCACCCCGCUGGCGCAUACAAGUCCAUUUUCGGCUUUGAUUGCUUCCAUCACGAAGCCACGCGACAAGGCGUGUUCUAUCCACACGCAAACAUGGCUCAAAAACAAAGACGCACGAGAGCUGAGCAGGCACGGCAUUUCCUUCAAGGCGGAGGUGUGCUACGAGAGGAUUCGGACGAUGAGCUCGGUACUGAGGAUCUCCCCUGGGAAUGGAUUUAUGGACCAAACAAGGCCAUUAUCGGAGCUCGCAUGGGUGACUUCGAAUGUCACAUUGGAGAUACGGUUCUGCUGAAAGCUGCCGGAAACGAAGCUUGGGUCGCCAUUGUUCAGGACUUUGCAGAAGGAGAAAUUGAAGACGAUGAUGGAGAAAUGAUCAAUGAUAUGAAAGCUUCCUUCCUAUGGUUCUCUUCCGAAAAGGAAAUCGUCAACAAAUCAAAAAAGAGACACGACUUUCUGGAGAACGAACUGUACAUCACUACUGGAUUGGACGAAAACUCAUUGAAGACUAUCAAUGGCAAGGCUACAGUUCUCUCCGAGGAGGGUUUCAAUGCAAGAUUUCCAACCGGCAAAAUUCCGAAGAACUCGAAAGACUACGGCAAGAUCUUCAUUUGUCGAAGAGGCUGUAACACUCGCACAACCACCUACACCGAUGAGUUCAUUUGGGAGGACGUUUAUCGUGGAGUCGAGGAUCUCCAGUCUCUUUGCGAGCUGGUCGACAGUCAAACAGUACGAACUCGCAAACGUAAAUCCACUGCCAGAGCAACAAUGCCAGGAGACUUGGACGAGUUCGUGAUACCUGACGAUGAGGAUGGCGAGACUGCCACACCGAGGAAGCGAAGGAAAUUGACCUCUGCGACACCAACAUCAAGAAGCAAGCAUCCCGCACCUCGCAAGCUCACAACUCCUACACAUCGCCGUAUAAUUGCGAAAAGGCCUCUGGAGUUCACGCCUUUGGGUACUCGCAUGCUCUCCCCUUCUCAUACUACUGCUUCGCCACAUCAGCUCGCUCGCAGCACGUUGCACGUGUCCGCCGUACCAAAUGCACUCCCUUGCCGCGAAGAUGAGUUUGGUGAAGUCUACGCACAUCUCGAGACUGCCAUUUCAGCAGGUACUGGAUCCUGUAUCUACAUUUCUGGCACUCCGGGCACCGGCAAGACAGCAACAGUACGAGAAGUUGUAGCCGCACUAAAUGUAGCAGUGUCUGCCGACGAGCUAGAUGAUUUCGUUUUUGUCGAGAUCAACGGUAUGAAAGUCACAGACCCACAUCAGUCAUACUCUCUGCUCUGGGAAGCACUCAAGGGCCAACGUGUCAGCGCUACCCAUGCACUCGAAUUGCUAGAACGUGAGUUCAGCACACCCAGUCCGAGAAGAGUUCCUUGUGUCGUUUUGAUGGACGAACUCGACCAAUUGGUCACGAAAUCACAAGGCGUCAUGUACAACUUCUUCAACUGGCCUCAACUGCGACACUCUCGCCUAAUCGUACUUGCCGUAGCCAACACCAUGGACUUGCCAGAACGCACACUCAGCAACAAAAUCAGUUCGAGACUAGGUCUUACGCGAAUCACUUUCCCCGGCUACACACAUCAACAGCUUAUUAAGAUCAUCGAGAGCAGAUUGGAGGGUAUAGGACAGGUAGUAGUGGAACCCGACGCUGUCCAAUUCGCCAGCAGAAAAGUAGCAGCUGUAUCAGGAGACGCCCGCCGCGCUCUAGAUAUCUGUCGUCGCGCCGUCGAAAUCGCAGAAUCAGAUAAAGCAGCCGCAGACCAGGCAGCUUCUGAACAGCCUACAGAAACCAAUGAUGAUGAAACGGCAAUAGUGCCGGCGAAAGCUGCCGCUGCAAAAAAAGGUGUCGUUACGAUCUCGACUAUCAAGCGUGCGAUCAAUGAGGCGACUUCCACACCGUUGGCAUCAUACCUACGCUCUCUACCCCUGGCUUCAAAACUCUUCCUCGCCGCCCUUUUAGGUCGCAUCCGCAGAACCGGUCUCACGGAAAGCACGCUCGGCGACAUCAUCGACGAAGCCGCUCGCAUGGCCGCUUUAUCCUCUUUGAUUCCUCUCCACGAUAUCCUCCUCGCACCCGACACUUUCCAACCUAUUCCUGCUUUACCCGGUAUCUCCACGCCUGGCAAACGAGGAAGAGCGGCAGGCAAGAAAGAGGGCAAGGUUGCGAGGAUAAGAGGUAUGGGAUCAGCGGCGGAAGAACUGGCGGAGGCGGGUAUUGUGGGGUUGGAGGUUAGAAGGGGUGAGAGGGUUGGUAGGGUGAGAUUGGGUGUUGGAGAGGAAGAGAUCAGAGGUGCGCUGAGGGAAGAUGAGGAGUGUAGAGGUCUUGGGUUUAAUGGGUAGAUAUUGUUGCUCGAGAUUUUCAAAGCAUGGUGUUAAGAAGACUGCAUUUUGGCAGAUUGAUUCAUCCAUGGAAUGAAACAUAUGUCAACGUACCUGUUAGCAGCGCAAAGCCGGAGAGAAAUCCAUGAUUUCGCAGAUCCUAUCUUUUUUCCCACUUAC